AAUCCCCGCUGAAUCCCGGCAGUGUCUGUCCUUGGAGCAAGCAGCAGGGGCUGGAAGGGCCCAGCCCUGGGCAGGGGAGAGGGUGCCAUGAGCUGGCCGGGUGAGGCUUGGCAGGAGGGGCUGCCAGCACGGGCACUGCAGGGGGUGAGGGAGCUGGAGCAGCGCCUGGAGUGGGCCAACAAAGAGCGGGUCCAGAAGCAGGCACAGCUGGACACACUGGAGGCCGCGCUACACAAGCAGAGGCAGAAGCACGAGGAGGAGCGUGGCACAUGUGUGCUGCUGGCUCAGGAGCGGCGGGACCUGGCCAAGGCCUGCGAGCAGCUGGAGUGCGGGCGCCAGCAACUGAGCCGGGAGCUCCAGGCCAAGGGGGUGCAGCUGAGCCAGCUGGAGGGGCAGCUGGGCCGGGCCAUCCAGCGCAUUGAGGAGCUGGAGGAGGAGCUGCGGAGGUGCCAGGCAGAGCUGGAUAACCUGCGGUCAAGCACCUCCCUGACCCAUUGCUGGCCCCCCCGGGAUGAAGGGGUUGAGCUGGGCACUUGGGAGCAAAACCCCAGACUAGAGAACAGACCCCGAACACCCAGCAUGAGAUUGCAGCCAAUCAGCUCCACAUUGGGGGAGGAGCCGCUCGUGCAUCGAGGGGCUGCCUGGCACAGUGUCCCUCCUGGGGGCCCUGCCCCCCCAGAGAACAGUCAGGGGAUCCCAUCCCCUGGGGAGGAACCUAGAGAGGAGAAUGCAGGGCCGGGGCGUGGCCCCCCUGGCGUGGAGGCCUGGGAGUUGAGGGGGGGACUACAGUCAGUGCAGCAGGAGUUGGCCCAGUGCACAGAGCAACGGGACCAGGCAGUCGCUAAGGUGCGUGCCCUGGAACGGCGGGUGCAGCAGCUGUUGGAGGAGCUGAGGGGCCAGAGGCAAAGAACAGGGGCCACACAGCGCCGCCUGGAGCAGCAGGAGAGGGAGCACCGGCAGGAGCUGGCGGAGCUGGAGAGGCACCAUCGGGAAGCGCUGGAGCAGGGCAUUUCUGUGCCCCCCCACCGCCCACCAAACAAGGGCCUGGGGGGAUCAGAGCAGGAGCGGCGCCACCCAGGCUGUGGCCGGCGCAGCCUCAGCAGCUCCCGGCUGGAGCGGGCACCUGAGAAACGAGGGGCAGCUGGGAAGGUCAGAGGUUCCUCAGCACAGGGUCCCCGAGCUGUGGGCAGGCUGGUGCCCAGUGGGGAGCGGGGCCAGGAGCCGGAGACCCCCACAGAGCUGCAGGCCCUGAGGGCUGAGGUUUUGGGGCUGCGCCGACGCCUGGCUGCCUCUGAGAGCCUGCGCAAGGGGCUGCUGGAAACCUGCUGGCAGCUGCGUCAUGGCGCCUGGGAUCUGACUAGGGAGCGCCAGGCACUGGCCGAGAUGCCGCUGGCCCAUGAAGCUGCCAUUCAGCACAAGGAGGAGGCCCAGGAACUGCAGGGAGCGCCGGGGCCCGGCCUGGCCAAAGGGGAUGGGGGGGAACUGCAGGCCCUGGCUGUGGAGUUGGAGGCUCAGGUCUGGGGGGCACCAGGGCCUGACCUGCCUGAGGGGGAUGCUCAGGAGGUGGGGGAGCUGCAGGUGCUGUGGGGGGAGUUGAGGGCCCUGGCCCUGGGCAAGGCUGAGGCAGAGGCUCAGGCGGCCCAGGCCCAGGAGCGGCUGCGGCGGCUCCAGGAGACGCUGGGGUUGCAGACGGAGCGGCUGGCACUGGCCUGUGAGGCCCAGAGCCAGCAUGUGGCAGAGCUGCUGACCGAGGGGCACGAGCGGGAGCAAGAGCUGGAGCGCCUAGGCCAGGCGCUGCGGGAGGCGGGACGGGUCCGCGAGCUGCUGGAGGCUGAGUGCCCUGGAGCUGGCUGUGGUUAG